AGAAAUAUUAGCAGUACAUAUAGAAAAGUGAAAUUGUGUGAAAACUUUAAGAAUACCAAGGAAAUAAACCCAGUUAACGAUAGAAAGUUACUGUUUUUGCAAAGUGCUUUCGUGUUGAUGUGAUGUAACAAUAGUUUGCCAAGAAAUAGCGUCGAAUAGAUCUAAAAGUGCCAAGUGGUUGGGGCUGCUAGGAGUCCCAAAAGGCAAAUGCGUCGUAGUUUGCCAAUUUAGAGGCCGGCGCCUAUAUUGUUUACAAAACAAAUAAAAAUAUUCUUAUGGCGUGCUUCGGAGUUGACUGCUAGCUUAAAACUCACUAAUAUAUAUACAUAUCUUUAGUAUUUAUUAUAAUUAACGGUACAACUGCUUGAAAGUUAUAAGCCAUGUCGAAAAAGUGUUCGGUACGCAGUCUAAGCGACAGCUCCUUGGCCGAGUUGGCCAAUCUUUUGGUCUCCACCAUCAGCUAUUCGCAAUAUGCGCCCGAUGUGCGUUUGGAUAUUAAUAUAGUGAUGGUGGAGUUGAACGAAUAUCUCACCCAGGCGGGUGCCACUUCGAACAUCUAUCAGGAUCUGUUGCGCGUGAUACUCAGCUCGGACUAUUUGGAUGCCAAUAUGCGGUUUACGUGCCUGCAAAUGUUGCUCAAUUGUGGCGUCACUUUCCUGGUUACUGAGGUCUUUCCCUUCAGCUAUUACGAGAAAAUAUUGCAAGUGAUCGCGGCGCAGGGUGCGGGGCUGAGGGUGCUCAAUCUAAAGGGGAUUUGGGUGAAGGAAGAGCAUAUGCAUUAUAUGUAUGCGAUUGUGCAACGCUGCAAGCAACUCACCAAGCUAUAUGUGCCAUAUAUAGCCAAUGAUCGGCUGCUGGAGGAAAUAGCCAAGAGCUGUACACGUCUGCAAAUAUUGGACAUAUCGGGUGAGACAGAUAUUACCGAAAUCGGCAUCGAUCUGCUGAGCAAGGGUCUGUGUGCUCAGAGUCUUACGGUUGUGGAUGUUGGAAUGCCGGGCGAAGAGAAUAUUUGCCAUUCGGAUAUAGCUUUAAUUCUCGAGCAUUGUCCGCAGGUGGAGACCCUCUCCACCUUCUCAUUUGUGGGUGCAGCUCUGAAAUUUAUUUACGAUAACAUCGAUGAUCAUUUCAAGUGUCGCUUGAAGUAUGUGCACGACACGGCCACGGAUGAGCCGACGCUUCAGAUCAUCAUGCAGACUUGCCCGCGUUUGGAGACCCUAUAUUUGGACUCUCCGAAGACGGGAUGCCUGCGUGCUCUCCACACCCGCACGCUUCGCAAGCUAAAGAUCUAUAAGUUCAUUGUGACCGAACUUUUGCCACUGCUGGAGCGACCCAUUGGACGCAAUUUGCGGCAUUUGACGAUGAUCAAGGGCAACGGGAACUUGGAGUUGAACAGAUUGGCUCGGCUAUGCCCAUCGCUUAUCGACUUGGAUUGCUACAUGAUCGACAGUUUAUCCUACGGGCCUGGUCAGGCGCGCUUCCAGCAGCUCGAGGGUCUGGAGAUACUCAGCUGUUCUGUGAUGACAAGCUCCUUAAAAGCUUUUCUGUGCAGUUCCACAGAUUUGAAGCGUCUGGCUGUGGAUACUGUGGAUUUUACGGAUGAGGAUAUAGUCAGCAUUUUUAUGCAACACGACUUCAAAGUCUUGGAGGACAUUUGGUUUACUUUGGCGCCUGAACUAACCGUUCAAGCUGUAGAGGUUCUUAUGGACAGCUGCCCUGAAUUGCAAUCCAUUGGCCAACUGACGGGCUGGUCGCUCACUCCCGAUGAUUUGGCGUUGGUGCGGGGUCUUCUAAAAAGCGGCAACUCAAGUCUUGUACUGACACCAAAUGCGUCUGCAAUGAAAUCGGCGUCGCCGUUCCCGACAGCUCUUCAAAUGCGCACGUUCGAGGAGACACUUUUAUAAAGCAACAGCAAAUAAGUGUGUGUUAUGUUUUGUAAUUCGCUUGUGAUAUUAAUGCAAUAAAAUUUCGUUAUAAUUUAAAAUUCAA